AUGGUGAGCCAGCUGAGGAGCCAGCUUAAGGAGACGCGGAUCUACCUGCAGGAGCGGUACUUCAUGUGGAAGCUGCGCUACCUGCUGGGGCCGGACUUCAGCAAGGAGGAGUUCCUGGAGGGAACGUGUCAGGCCACCGCCGCGAUGCUGGAGGCAGUGCGUCGCGUCGACUGGCGGAGCAUUCGAAACUUUUGCACGGAGGAGUUCGCCCUGGCCAUGUACAGCAUUGCCCAGCGGGAGAGUGAUGAGAGUUUUGUGUACGUGGAUCUGGGGAUUGUGGGAAUGCGCUUGGUGCGCGUCAAGCCGGAUGAGCUGAUGGAGAUUUCGGGCAUGCCGCUGACGGUGCCGUCCCACCAGCAGAUUCUCUUGGGCACCUACAAAAUCGCAUUCCGCAAGGAGCUGUCCGGCCCAGACGGUAGCUGCCCCAAAGAUGAGGCGUGGCUCUUCAACGCCUUCAAGCUGCGCGACAUGUCACUGAUGGGCUUCUGCCCCCAAAGUGGCGAAUGCUGGUUCAUUCGGGCCGUCAAACCGUAUUAG